CCGCGUUAUCAACAUUUUAGGUUCUAGGGUUUCCGCUCCUUCAACAACAGCAGUCAACAGCAGCCAUGGUUCUCAAGACCGAACUCUGUAGGUUCAGUGGGGCGAAGAUCUACCCUGGCAGAGGCAUCAGAUUUAUUCGGUCUGAUUCUCAGGUGUUCCUCUUUGCCAAUUCAAAAUGCAAGAGGUACUUCCACAAUCGGUUGAAGCCAUCUAAGAUUACCUGGACAGCCAUGUACAGGAAGCAACACAAGAAGGAUAUUGCUCAAGAAUCUGUUAAGAAGAGGAGACGUGCCAAUAAGAAGCCUUAUUCAAGGUCAAUAGUUGGUGCCACCCUGGAGGUUAUCCAGAAGAGGAGGACCGAAAAGCCUGAAGUUCGUGAUGCUGCUCGUGAGGCCGCACUCCGUGAAAUCAAGGAAAGGAUCAAGAAAACCAAGGAUGAAAAGAAAGCGAAGAAGGCAGAAGUUGUUGCCAAACAGAAGAGCAAGGGUCAGAAUAUUUCCAAGGGAGCUGUCCCCAAGGGUCCCAAGCUUGGCGGUGGCGGCGGCAAGCGCUGAGCAACUAUUCUGUUGUCAACUGGCAGAGUAGAGUAAUUGAUAGGACAUGUUUCCAUUUCUCUUUGAAGAUUUUGUAAGGAUUGAUAUGCGCAGUUUGAUGGUUUAUUUGGUUUUUUCCUUUCAUCUAUGCUAUACCUGUCACUUUGGUAUUAUUAAGUACGAAAAAUUGGGUGUUGGACUUGAA